UCCAAGUCUCAAGACGUGGAGGGCGCGCCGAGUUUCUCCGCAAGCCUUGCCCAGAUGGGAGGGCGCGGGGACCGAGACCCCGAGCCAUUCCCUUCUGAGCUGUGACGCAUAGUUUGGUGCUCUGAAGAUGGAUUAUGCUAGCCUGGCUUUGCAGACGAUGUUUCAGAUAUUAGAAGUGUUGGAGUGUUGAUGGUUUAAAACUUUCUGCCAAGUGCCGAGAAUGUAUUGGUGUGUCAGGAGAGAGGAAUCUGCAGAAAAUGGCGAGAAUCCCAGAGAGGAACAAGAAGAAUUGUCGGACGUGGGUGUUCAACCGUCCACAAUGGAGUCUCUCUCCCCUGGCCAGACCUCUGCAAGCGAGACCAUUCAGAGUCUCUACCGAAGUGGAGACUUGGAGGCUGCUCUACAGCUGGUCCAAGCAGCCAGCAGGAGGAAUCUCUCUCAAGAGGAGAAGGGGCACCUGUUGAGCCUUUCAACCACCUAUGGGGACCUGCUGGCCGUGAGAUACUUGUUAAAGGAGACAGGUGUGACCAUAAGCCCUGAACCCAGUGAUGAUAACCCAGCAGUGGUAGCUGCGUAUUUUGGACAUAAGGACGUAGUACAAGAAUUGCUAGAAUCUUUUCUUGGUGCAACGAACAUCUCGCAAUUGCUGAAUUGGAUGCUGGUGGUGGCUUGUCAACAAGGCCAUCUAGAAGUGGUUAAGCUCUUAGUGCUGGCAUACAGAGCGGAUCCUGACAGCUACGCUGUGAGAAAGAAUGAGUUCCCGGUCCUUCUUCGAUUGCCACUUUAUGCCGCCAUGCAAGAAGGCCAUGACAAUAUCGCUGCCUUUUUGCUGGAGAAUGGUUCAUUCUUUUGUUCCUACACACUAAUGGAUUGUCCCAAGGCGAGCAAACGGCUUCUUUGCAAACAUUUCAUUGAACCAGUUCCUUCAUCCGGGAAUGUCCAGGCAAAACCAGGUCUUUCUGUGAACUGGUCAAAGCUCAGAUUGCCUUGGGUGGAUUUUGAUUGGCUGAUAGAUCUUUCCCGUCAAAUAACGGAGCUGGACCUCUCCACUAAUCACCUGACCUCCCUUCCAUCCAUCAUCCCUUGGGGACUGAUGAACCUUCAGAAACUGAACCUUUCUGACAACCGAUUAAAACAGCUGCUUGAUGUACAGUCCUCAGAUGGAAUCAUCUGCACAAAGUUACUCGAGAUUGACAUAUCUAACAACAGAUUCCUCAGCCUUCCUUCUGGUUUAUUGCACCUUUCUCGACUCCAACGACUCGUUGCUGCCAAAAAUUAUUUGGAAAGACUAUUCAAUGAGGAGAACGAUUUAUCAGAUUUCAGUGGUCUAUAUGUCAAAUUCUGCAAGAUCGCUCUGGUCUCUCUGAAACUUUCUGGAAAUCAGAUAGUCAACUUACCUUCUCCAGAGAAGUGGGCUUGCCGAUUGUUGAAAUCUCUGGAUCUCUCCAAGAAUCAGCUUGGAAAAACUGAGGAAGGGACCAAAACUAAAUGGAUUCCAUUAUUCACUACAAGAAACAGAAGUUGCGUUGGCAGCGAGAUAGAAUAUACCCUACAGUUUCCUGAAUUCCUGGCCGAUAUGUUGGAGGUCCUCUAUCUGAAUGACAACCAACUAGACUCCGUCCCACAGUCUGUUUGUCUCCUCAGAGGGCUGUCAGAACUCUACUUAGGAAAUAACCCAGGCAUCCAAGAGCUUCCUGCUGAACUUGGACAACUGGUUAAUCUUUGGCAGCUGGAUAUCGAGGAUCUAAACAUUGGCAAUCUUCCAACGGAGAUCAGAAAAGAGGGACCCAAGACCAUUUUAGCUUACUUACGUGCCCAGCUACGCAAAGCAGAGAGAUGUAAUGUGAUGAAAAUGGUGGUGGUAGGUCCUCCUCGACAGGGAAAAUCCACCCUGGUUGAGAUCCUGCAGACAGGGAAAUCUUCUUUUUCAAUGCCUGACAAUGCCACUGUCCGGACCACAAGAUGGGAGCUCCAGAGACCUGCUGGAUUCAAAUCCAAGGUUGACGCCAUUGAGUUGAACGUCUGGGAUAUUGGAGGCCCCGCCAGCAUGUCAACAGUCAACCAGUGCUUCUUCACAGAUAAGGCAUUGUACAUUGUCAUCUGGAACUUGGCACUGGGAGAAGAAGCUGUAGCGAAUCUUCAAUUCUGGUUACUCAGUAUUGAGGCCAAGGCUCCAAAUUCAGUUGUGCUGGUGGUAGGGACUCAUCUGGACCUCAUUGAAACAAAAUUCCGUGUCGAGAGGAUUGCCACCCUAAGAGCCUAUGUCCUGGCCCUCUGUCGAUCUCCCUCAGGUUCAAGAGCCACUGGUUUUCCAGACAUCACAUUUAAGCAUUUGCAUGAACUCUCAUGCAAAACAUUGGAAGGCCUGGAUGGGUUGCGACAGCUGAUCUUCCACGUCAGCACAAACAUGAAGGAUGUUGGAAAUUCCAUUGGCUCACAGAGGCUUGUUGGGAGACUGGUCCCGAGGAGCUAUUUGAGCCUUCAAGUAUCCGUCACAAUUGAGCAACAGAGGAGAAGCCAAAACGAUAGUGUGCAAUAUCUCACUGACAAGGAAAUACAAGGAAUCAUUGAGAAAACUCCAGCCAAUGACAUCAAGGAUUAUGAAGACAUGCAAUCCGCCAUUAAUUUCCUGAUCGAAACAGGGACGCUGAUGCAUUUCCCAGACACAAGCCAUGGGCUGAGGAACCUCUACUUCCUUGACCCGGUGUGGUUGUCUGAAUGCCUGCAGAGAAUCUUCAACGUCAAAAGCUCCAAGUCCAUUGCCAAGAACGGCGUGAUCAAAGCCGAGGACCUCAGGAUGCUGAUGGUUGGGAUGGGGUUCACCAAGGAAGCUGAAGAGCAAUACUUCCAAUUCCUUGCCAAGUUUGAAAUUGCGUUACCGAUAGCAAACAACAGUUAUCUCCUGCCCCACCUGCUUCCUGCCAAGCCAGCCUUUGAUGUUCACAGCUUACGGCACCAGACAACAAACACCAUCCAAAGAGUAUUCAAGAUGAGCUUUGUUCCUGUUGGGUUUUGGCAACGGUUCAUAGCCCGGAUGCUGAUAAGCCUUGCAGAGAUGGAUCUUCAGUUUUUUGAAAACAAGAGGAUGACCAAGAACAGAAAUAGAAGUUCUGUAAUCUACAGCUUUACGGGCACACAAAGAAACAGAUGCAGCACAUUCCGGGUUAAAAGAAAUCACACAAUUUAUUGGCAAGAAGGAUUGUUUGUCUCCUUCGAUGGUGGCUAUUUGAGCGUGGAGUCUUCUGAUGUGAAUUGGAAGAAGAAGAAAAGUGGUGGCAUUAAAAUCAUCUGCCAGUCAGACGUGAGGGAUUUUUCAGCCAUGGCUUUCAUCACUGAUCAUGUGAAUUCUUUGAUCGACCAAUGGUUUCCUGCCCUCACUGCCACCGAGAGUGACGGGACUCUACUGAUGGAGCAAUAUGUGCCUUGCCCCGUCUGUUCGACCACAAAGCCCCAGGAUGGAGAAGACAGCCCCCCAAAAGAAGAUGGACAGUACUUCAAUAUGGAAGACUGUUUUCUCACGGCUAUUGAGCAAGACCACAUCACCUGUGCCCAGCAUCCAGAUCUACCUGUCCCUUUACAGGAACUGGUCCCUGAACUUUUCAUGACGGACUUUCCAGCCAGAUUAUUCUUGCAAAAUAGCAAACUGGAAUGCGUAGAAAAUGAAAACAGUAUCCUCGGCCAAGGAGGAAGUGGAACAGUUAUCUAUCGGGCACAAUAUCAAGGGAAACCGGUAGCCAUCAAGCGUUUUCAGAUUAAAAAAUAUAAUACUUCUGCCAAUUCAGCAACAGACACCAUGCUGAGGCAUCUACGGGCGAUGGAUGCCAUGAAGAGCUUCUCGGAGUUCCGUCAAGAGGCCAGCAUGCUCCACUCAUUGCAAUACCCCUGUGUGGUCUCCUUGAUUGGGAUCAGCAUCCACCCGCUCAGCUUGGCCUUAGAACUGGCUCCUUUGGGCAGCCUGACCACUGUACUCUCAGAAAACUCUAAAGGAGCUUCCUUUGUACCUUUGGGACAUAUGCUGACCUUCAAGAUCGCCUAUCAGAUUGCUGCAGGCCUGGCCUACCUUCACAAGAAGAAAAUCAUUUUCUGCGACUUGAAAUCUGACAACAUCCUUGUGUGGUCUUUAGACGUGAAGGAAAGCAUCAACAUCAAACUAUCUGACUAUGGGAUAUCUCGUCAGUCCUUCCAUGAAGGAGCUUUGGGGGUGGAGGGUACUCCUGGCUAUCAGGCUCCAGAGAUACGACCUCGCAUCGUCUAUGAUGAAAAGGUGGACAUGUUUUCAUAUGGAAUGGUGUUGUAUGAGCUGCUGUCGGGGCAACGACCCGUCCUGGGACAACAUCAACUGCAAAUUUCCAAGAAACUCUCCAAGGGGAUUCGGCCCGUCCUGGGCCAGGCAGAAGAAGUGCAGUUUCAUCGAUUGCAGGCUCUCAUGAUGGAGUGUUGGGACACCAAACCUGAAAAGCGGCCACUGGCCAUUUCAGUUAUAGGACAAAUGAAAAGUCCUUCCUUUGCCACAUUCAUGUACUGCUUGCCCUGUGGGAAACAGUCUUUCUUCUCUUCUCAAGGACAAGACCACAGUGUAGUAUUCUGGGAUGAGAAGGAAGAUACAAGGAACUACACUGUAGUAAAUACAGAGAAAGGAUUCAUAGAGGUUUCCAAAAUGAGUUGUCCAGGAAUGAAGCUAUGCUGCCAGUUGAAACUUCAGAACUCUCUUUGGACUGCAACAGAGGACCAGAAGAUUUACAUAUAUAGUUUACAAGGAAUGUGUCCUCUGAAGGCUCCACAGAAAGGCAUAGACACUCCAGCUGUUGUCACCUGCUUUCUUGCGGUGCCUUUGAUGAAAAAGAACUGCUACGUGGUCCUGGCUGGCUUAUCUGAUGGACUGAUUGCAGUUUUCCAAGUCACAAGUGGCGCCCUGGAGGACAAUUGCUGCUAUCUUUGCUCCCACAUGGCAAACCGUUCCUUGUUCAAUAUCAGCGAUGACGACCCCCGCCAGAAUCCUUACUCUGUGAAAGCCAUGGAAAUGGCCAACAACGGAGCAGAGGUCUGGUACAGCAAUGGCCCUGGUAUCCUUAUCAUAAACUGCAAAGCCAUGGAGAUCACCAGGCGACUGGAGCCCUACAGUUUGCCAUCCACUGUGGUGUCCAUUGUGUGCAGCUCCGAUUGCAACGGGGAAGAAGUGACCUGGUGUUUAGACGAUGCCACCAACUUCCUGGUGAUGUACUACACCUCUACCUAUCAGCUCUGUGCCCGAUACUUCUGUGGGGAUCGUAGCCCCCUGAGGGACAUGUUCACAAUUCAACAGCCUUCAACUUUGAUUCCUACAACACUAACUGCAAACAGGGAUGUGGCUCCUGAGAGCACCUCUUUGGCCAAUGUGAGCAUCCUUCAGAGCCGAGAACUUGGCACUCAAAUACUAAACCAUCAGGACUCCAUGACAGACUACUGCUCUGUGUCCUCUUACUCACCAUCAUCUCCUAGCAGGAUGCUGAGAUCUUCCUCAAGUCUCCCAAGCUCUCCCACAAGUUCUUCCAGCACACCUUUCUUGACCGACUGUGAAGAGCUCAACAAGCUUCAAGAGCCAAACCUUCCUUUGGAGAAAACUGAAACGUUUCUCCAAGCUAUGCAGAUCCUACCUGUAAAAGAUCUCUUGUGGAUUCCCAGGCAAGGUGGUGAUAUCAUUGUGAUUGGCUUGGAAAAGGAAGCCAUCUCUCAGCGAGGAAGAGUCAUUGCUGUGCUGAAGGCUGUGGAGCUGGCCUCCUAUGGGUCACUGGUGGAUGCUGCUGUUCUGGCCAAAGACCGAGUUGUGUGUUGCUUCCAAAAUGAGUUGAAGGAAUGGUGCCUGGCUCUCUGGCGGAGUUGGGAAGCCAAAGACUUUGAUCUUUUCUACCAAUCACAUGAAGAAUUAGGGAGACUUGAAAUCUGCCUGCGCAAGAGAAGGUAGUGUCUGUAGAUCAGAGGCCCCGAUCAGAAAACUGACACCCUUUGAUGUCUUGAAGACACCCAGACUUUCCUAAAAAGGGAGCGGUUGCUCCCCGGUUCUGCUGCUAAGAGAAACCAAAGAGAGCUCAUCCCACUUCGUGCAUUUGGAUUCCCAGCCAUGGAAUUAUGAAACAAUUGUCCACAUCGUCUUCCAGUCAGAUGCAGGUGUAAACCCACCAACUCCAUCUCUGCAGGGUCUCUGUAAUGCUGUUUUGUGUUGUAGCCCGUUGCUAAACACGACACUUUGAGCCAGUGGUGGGAUUCAGGUAUUUUUUAACUACUGGUUCUGUGGGUGUGGCUUGGUGGGCAUUGAAGGGGAGGAAUACUGUAAAAUCUCAAUUCCCUCUC